GAUUUUGUCAGUCGCCCAUCCAUCGCACUCUCAGCCUGCUGCCUGCCUCCCUGCCUGCCUGUCUGUCUGUCUCCCUUCCUCCCCGCCCGACUGCCUGCCUGCCGCUGCCGUCCAACGCGCCCCCCCGAAGACGCCCACCCCGUUCCAGGUCUUGAACCGAACCACCCUAACCAUGGCGACUAGCGCGAAACGAAAGCAAGAGGAGACUCAUUUGAAGAUGCUCCGGGAAAUGACGAGCCUCCCCGCAAAUCGGAAAUGCUUCGACUGUGACCAGCGCGGCCCGACCUAUGUCAACAUGACAGUGGGCUCCUUCGUCUGUACCACCUGCUCCGGCAUCUUGCGAGGGCUGAACCCCCCACACAGAGUGAAGUCGAUUUCUAUGACUACAUUCACACAGCAAGAAAUUGAGUUCCUACAGAAACACAGCAAUGAGGUCUGUAAACACAUCUGGUUGGGCCUCUAUGAUGACAGGACGUCAGUUGUUCCAGAUUUCCGGGAGCCGCAGAAAGUGAAAGAGUUCCUCCAGGAAAAAUAUGAAAAGAAAAGAUGGUAUGUACCUCCAGACCAAGCCAGGUCAGUCGUAAACAUCCAGGCAUCAGUGUCUGGCUCCUCAGCCAGCAGCACUGGCAGUACCCCAGAAGUACAGCCUCUCAAGACCUUACAGCUCAACAAGACCCCACUUCGUCAAUCCCCAGCAUUAGGGCGCUCCCAGGCUCACGUCACACCCCAAGAGAAAAGGUUUGACCUUCUGUCAGACCUGGGUGGUGACAUCUUUGCUGCCCCACCUGCACAGGCUGCCACCUCCACCAACUUUGCCAACUUUGCACAUUUUCCAAGCCAAUCAGCACCUCAGCGUAAUACAGACAGCAACUUUGCCAACUUUGAUGCAUUUGGAAACACUACAAUUCCAUCCCAUCUGAGCACGUCACCCCCCUUAAAGUCCUUUUCCACAGGAGGAGGCAUGCCAAUUCCGUCCAGGUCAAGCGCUGUCCCCACCCAGUCCCAAACUGGGAGCUGCACAGAGGAUCGCUACGCUGCUUUGGCUGAGUUGGACAACAAGCUAAGCUCCUCUGUAGGCAGCAAUGUGCAAGGGAAUUUAUUUGGUCCAGUGCUUGGCUCAUCGCCAGCCCAGAAUGCACCUGUUCUACCCAGCAUGCAGCCCGGCUUUGGAGGGGUCCCUUCCACAAAUCCCUUUGUUGCUGCAGCUGUCGCCUCAGAGAUGGCCACCAACCCUUUCCAAGCCAAUGGCAGAGCUCCAGCUGCAGCCGCCUCAUUUGGUACUGGCUCAAUGAGCAUGCCCGCUGGCUUUGGGAAUUCGUCUUCAUACUGCCUCCCGACCAGUUUCAGCGGAAACUUCCAGCACCAAUUCCCUGGCCAGGCCCCCAUCCCUUACUCUCAACCCGGGGCCUACCACCCUCAGUCGAAUGGCCCUGCUGCAUUCCCAGUCUAUGGUCCAAACAAGUCCUCAAUGACGCCGUUCGGUCAGCCCAUGGCUGGUCCUGGCAUGUCCAAUAAUCCCUUCAUGGCGGGAGCCCCCACUGGACCGUUCCCUUCAGGCAGUACCUCAACCAACCCAUUCCUGUAGCACAACCCCCCGUCCUCAUCACCAGAGGGCAGCAUGCAGCACAUUAGUCAACGCACCGUUCAGUCACGCUAUUAUUGGCACUACAUUUCUUUCUGCACAAAGUUUACACUAUGAAGGAGAACAAAGGACUAUAUUGAAGACUAACGGACUGUUAGGGGAAAAAUGUUUGGACUAUAUACAAUACAUUAUAUAAUUUUUAUAUUAUUAUUAUUUGUUUAUGCCUGUAAACUGUGAGCAUAUCAUCGUUUGUAAUCAUAUUUACUUAUGAUGUAUAACGAAGACCGUGUUAACAAAGGUGAGUAGCUACACUUUGUGUAAAAACCACUACAUGCUAUAUUGUAAGUAAGGGUUUACAAUUUACCAACAGGGUUCUAACUAUAUAUCAGUGAGCUGGAGUUUGACUCCAACCAUGGAGAUGCAGGUAUUUCAUUUCAAAAAAGGGAUUGUUUUUGUUAUUUUAGUCCUACUAAGUUAGAACUUAGGCCCAAAUUGUCCAUGAAUAGCCUUCACAACCAGAGUUACAGUUGCCUAUAACCAAAAGGAGCUUGCUAAAAAGUGUGUAAAUCCAUCCAGGUUGGUUGGGAUGCUGUAUUGCCAGUAUCUAAAAUUGUAGAACCAAAGGUCAUCAGUUGGAAACUAAGGCCAGAUCUUUUGAGUAACUGAAACUUGAGGCAUGUGGACAAGCCGGUGAGAACACAAAUGCAGUAAACUAUCUAGAAAAUUUGGAUAAAGUUUGCAAAAUGAUCCAAAUAACUGUCAUUUAAGAUGUCAGAUGAGCAGGUCUCGAAAUUUCACAAUGUGUGAACUAUGUUAUUGUGAGCUUCCGCAGCGACUGCCUUCAGGUUUGAGUUUGCACUCGUUUUAGGCCUCGUUUUAUUACUGAAUUACUUUGUCACCGGACAUGUAUUAGGGUCCCAAUUGUGCCGCUCGUGACUAACAAAUAAAUUCCGUGUGUUUCUUGUCUUUGCAAGAAUAGCUAAAUCAAUGUGUACAUAUAUAAAUAUAUGUAUAAAUAAAUUAAAAGAUUUUUAAAUACUG